AUGAAGGUUACCAUAGAAUUAUACCAAAAACCAAGUGGGCCCACACAGUGCUAUCUAUGCCAGAGAUUUCGACAUGGGGCAAACCAAUGCGAACUCGCCCCCAGGUGCGUUAAAUGCGCAGGACCGCAUCUUUCUGGCGCCUGCACAAAGAAAAGAGAAGAACCGGCCAUAUGUGCCAACUGUAGGGGCAACCAUCCAGCCUCCUUCAGGGGCUGCCCAGAAAGACUGAAGAUCGUCCAGGCGUGGGAGCGCCAGCGAGCAUCAGCUCAUAGAAGGCAGGAACCACUUCCUAGGGCGCCACAGAAAAACUCCAACCCCCCUCCAGCACUAUCCAUGGAAGAAGUAAACCCCCCACCAUCCCCGACUCCUACUAGAGCAGAAACAACAAGUCCUCCCAACCCUACUCAAACCCAGAGGAGUACAGAACCAUCCACUCCACAACAUCAGUCACACCAAGAAGAUAGCCCUACCGGCAUUAGAACCUUAGCCGAGGUUGUGAAAACUGGGCGCACUCCUCCCCCCUCAAAUACUCCUAAACCAAAGCCGCAAAGAUCCCCCCUCAAGGCAACUCUGCCUGUAAAAAGAACUCCACCCCCACAGGUCGUCUCUCCCCCACAAACCACACCCCUCCCCAUCCCAACCCAACCUGAAACAGAGAAGGCAGAGACAACACCACUGCCCUCAGCAUCAAAGGCCACAAAUGUACAACCACCAAGGGCCAUACCAGCCCAAGCCAUACCCACCGAAUCCGCCCAAGCCACAGCUGCACCAGCAGAUUCCAACAACACUACUAACAUCGUCAGUGGCCAGACCACUGCACAGGAAAGUUCUGUUCAGAUCGGACAAGAACAGCCACUCCAGUUCCUCUCAAAGAUUUGGGCGCUCAUAAAGUCCCUCAUUUCACCAGCCGUCCUUGAAGGCAUAACCCAGCUAUGCACCAAAAUAGCAGCAGCCCCAGACCUAAUUUCAACAAUCACAAUACUCGCCACCAACAUCCUACCACUGCUCUCCAAUGGCAAAUGA